AUGUUUAAGAGCUGUGUGAUUGACUUCCAAGGUAGUUGGGAGGAGUAUUUUUCAUUGGCAGAGUUCGUUUACAAUAAUAGUUACAAGUCUAGUAUACAGAUGGCACCUUACGAGUCACUUUAUGGUCGUAAUUGUCGCACUCCUUUAUGCUGGACUGAGUUGCGUGAGCGACGAGUUCUGGUUUCAGAGUUGGUUUUCAAGACUGAAUAUAAGUUUCGACUGAUUAGGGAUCGACUGAAGGUAGCUUCUAAUAGGCAGAAGUCUUAUGCUAAUCUAAAAAGACGUGAGAUCGAUUACUUUGUGGGGGACUUCGCGUUUCUAAAGGUCUCACCAUGGAAGAAGUUGGAACUACCCCUAGAGUUGGAUCGGAUCCAUGAUGCUUUCCAUGUCUCGAUGUUGAGACGCUACUGCUCUGAUCCAAUGCAUGUUGUUAAGGUUUGGCCAGAUCUGACUUUCGAGGAGGAGCCGAUACAGAUUCUGGAUCGCGACGUUAAAAUUCUGAGGAGAAAAUCCAUUCCACUGGUUAACGUUUUAUUGUGUAAUCAUAGCACUAAGGAGGCUACAUGGGAGCCUGAGGAUGCGAUGCGUUAG